AUGACUUGGGCAAGUGAUGUUAUAGAAUUGAAAGACAGCAAUUUCCAGAGCAAGGUGGAUCCGCAUGAUGUUAUAUUGGUUGAAUUUUAUGCACCUUGGUGUGGACACUGUAAAAAGCUAGCACCUGAAUAUGAAAAAGCUGCAACUACUUUGAAAAAAAAUGAUCCUCCAGUUUCAUUAGCUAAAGUUGACUGUACUGCCGAAAAAGCGACUUGUGAAAAGUAUGGAGUAACUGGAUAUCCAACUUUGAAAAUUUUCAGAAGUGGUGAAUUUUCUAAGGAAUAUGAUGGACCAAGAGAAGCAGAUGGCAUUGUAAAAUAUAUGAAGUCUCAAGCUGGUCCAUCAUCAAAAACACUUAGUUCUGUUGCUGAUGCUGAAAAAUUCUUGAACAACAUGGACCAUUCUAUAAUUGGUUUCUUCACUACUGAAAAUGAACUCUCAAAGGUCUUCCAGAAAGUUGCAGAUACACUUAGUUCAGAGUUUAGAUUUGCUCACACAUUUGAAAAAGAAGUAUUAGAAAAAUAUGAUUAUAAAGAUUCUGUAGUCUUAUUCCAACCCAAAAGACUUCAAAGCAAAUUUGAAGAUGCAGUAAUGAAAUAUAAAGGUGAUGCUUCAUUGUAUGAAAUAAAGAAUUUUAUUAAAGGAAAUGUUUUGGGUUUAUGUGGCCAUAGAGUACAGAGUAAUGCUGAGGAAUUUAAAAAGCCAUUGGUGGUUGCUUAUUACCAAGUUGACUAUGUCAAGAAUACUAAAGGAAGCAAUUAUUGGCGAAACAGAGUUAUGAAAGUUGGAAAGAAAUUAAAAGAUGGUGGUAUGGAUGUUAACUUUGCUAUUUGUAACAAUGAUGAAUUCAGUUAUGAGCUCAGUGAAUUUGGCAUUAAUGAUGUGACUGGUAACAAACCUGUUGUGACUGCUCGAGAUUCCAAAGACAGAAAAUUUGUCAUGAAGGCAGAAUUCUCUAUGGACAACUUUGAAGAGUUUGUGACUGAUUUUAUGGCUGACAAACUAGAACCGUACUUGAAAUCUGAAGAAGUUCCUGAGGAUAAUUCAGAAGCAGUAAAGGUGGUGGUUGCCAAAAACUUUGAUGAAAUUGUUAAUAAUAAAGAAAAAGAUGUUCUCAUUGAAUUUUAUGCACCAUGGUGUGGACACUGCAAGUCUUUGGAACCAAAAUAUAAAGAACUUGCUGAGAAGUUAGCUGAUGAGCCUGGAAUUACCAUUGCCAAGAUGGAUGCAACUGCUAAUGAUGUUCCAAAACCAUAUGAAGUUACUGGAUUUCCAACUCUUUAUUUCUCUCCUAAAAAUUCUAAAGAAUUUCCACAACGAUAUAAUGGUGGCCGUGAAGUUGAUGACUUUAUCAAAUAUUUGGCUAAGCAUGCCACUGAUGGGCUGAAUGGAUUUAGCAGUGAUGGAAAGAAGAAAAAGAAAACGGAAUUGUAG